AUGUCAGCUGUUACGGCCGUCGGUACGGUUGUCCCCGUCGAGUUACGGUACGGUGCCCUUGUGUGGCAAUCUCCUUUAAGUCCUGAUAUGGCCGUACCCUUUGGGGCGUUACACGCGGGUCUGCGGCCAGGCGCGCUGGGCGCUGACGGGCGUGGCCAGAGGCGGACGCUGGCUGGGGUCGUGCGGGCAUGGCGCGAGGCCCUCACGCGAAAGCUCAUGCACUGGGACUCAGCACAACGCUACCGGGCGUCAUGCGGGCUGCUUAGGCCGGUCGGGGGCUGUUGCCGCGCUGAUGGGCACAGACGCGCGCGGCCAGGUGCGGUGAUGAAGAUCGCGUGUCUUGACUUGGUCGAUAAGCCGCUCGCGCGCCUCGAAUCGCCGAUAGGUGCUAGUACGCGCGCCGACGCCUUCGUACUUCGCGAUAGAUGGUGGGAAAUAUUGGCGGUACUGCGCGAAAACUCUCCCGCCGCGGCUUCUUCUGCGAAUAUAGAACCAUCGGAGACAAAGUUUUGGCAGAUCGAACUCUACCAGCAUCCCAUCAAUUCUGUUCAAGUGUUUGCGAACUGCCUUAGUACCCAUUGUUAUCAUUAUCCUGAGGAGUCAAACCCUAGGCAUUGGACAAUGAAUUCUCAAGAUGAAAAUAUCUUGGCCGUGUCUCAAAUGGAAAAUGCUACAGAGACAAAUGAAGCAUUGACUAAAACGAGUGAGAUGAAAAAUAUAUAUGGUACGCCACAGGGUCCCGGAGGAAUGGUUAAUCCAUUUGCAUAUUUUACUCCAGGAUUCCAAGCGAACUUUGCAUACAAUCCAACAGAUGCAUCGACAUCUCCUCCUGUCAACCAAAAAAAUGAAGUCAGCUUAUCAUACCAACAAUUGCUAAAUGCUCCCAUGUAUCCUUUCCAGCCGACACAUGUCUACCCUGCACAAACAACUCAUGCGCACAAAAAGGCUAAGAUAAAAGACAACGACUUCAUGAGCUCUCAAACUCUUGAAAAUGACAAAUUCAAUAAGACUUGGAGCAAAGAUAAAGAUGUUGCAUUGACGAAGGCUUGGCUUUAUAUUUCAGUUGAUGCAGAUGUUGGCAAUAACCAAAAAACUGCUGUAUUAUGGAAACGUGUUUUUCCUGUUUGGAAAGAAAAUAUGGGAGCUAAGUGUAAAGAUAACCGAAUGCCGAUGAGCUUGCAACAACGUUGGAAAAAAAUAAACCAAGCUGUUACCAAGUUCAACUCAUUCUACGAGAAGUUGGAUAGACUUCCAAAAAGUGGCACUAACUUGGAUGAUAUGAAACGAGAAGCUAUUCGUAUGUAUAAAGAGUGCACUGGCAAAAAAGAAUUUCAGUUUGAACAUUGUUGGGAGACAUUGAGAACAAAUCCAAAGUGGUGCAUGAAAAAUAUGACAAAAAAAAAUGAGUUCAGUGAAGGUGAUCAUCCUACAGACAAAGACACAUCAUCAGUACACAUUAUCCCAGAUGAUAGUCAAGAUGUGGACUGUGUUGGUGAGAUUAACAAGACUAAUGGCAUUGUGCGUCCCCACGGAAGAAAAGCAUCUAAGGAGGGUAAAAGGAAAACCAAUGAAGAUAUAGCUGUGAUAGAUGCUAUAAAAGGUUUGCGGUCUACUUUUGAGAAAGAGAUUGAGUUUAAAAAGGAGAGUAGCAAAAAGGAAUUUGAAUUCAAGCAGCACAUAGCAAAUCAAGAGAUUGAAGUUAAGGUUGCUGCUGAAAAAAGAAAACUAAAAGACCAAGAACUCCGCGAAGAAGCUCAAAAGAAAGAAGACCGACGAAAAGAAAAAGAAUUGCACGAAAAAGAGAAACUUGAGAAGAAAGCUCAAAAGAGAGAAGAACAACAUCGUAUUUUGAGCAUAGAUGUUUCCAAACUUCCACAAGCUGUGCAAAAAAGGAUUGAAGAAUGUCAAAUGCGGAUACUAAAUGAAUGGGAAACUGAGGGUCUUUUUGGAGAAAAUGUUGAAAACAAACAAUUGGAAGAAUCUUUGGUGGAAGAAUCACGCAAUACUCGAGAGAUAGAUUCAGACAAAGAGUGA